AUGCAGAAGGCGGCCUACUACGACAACACGGCCCUCUUCGGCGGCUACGGUGCCUACGGCAAGGCCGACGCCUACGGCUACACCUCGGCCCCGCCACCGCAGCCUUACGCCCAGCCAGCGCUCGACGCCGCCGACUACCAGGCCUCAGCCUGCUCCCUCCAGGGAUCCACCUCCAUCCGCCCGCCACAGGCCCACAAGGCCGCAGCUGACCUGGGCGGCAGCUGCAUGCGCGGAGGGGGCGGCAGCCAGGCAGGCCCUCCGCAGCCCCCGGGCCUGGGCGACCCCCAGCAGCAACCGCCGCCCCAGGCCCAGCAGCAGCAGCAGCAGCCUUCCUCGGCGUUACCUUCUCCCUCCCCGCCCAGCGCCAACCCUGCCCAUGCGGGGUCGGCCAAGAAGGCCAAAGGUGGGCCCAACGCCUCCCCCGGCGCCUCGGCGGCCACCAUCAGCAAGCAGAUCUUCCCCUGGAUGAAGGAGUCGCGCCAGAACUCCAAGCAGAAGAACAGCUGUGCCCCUGCAGGAGAGAACUGCGAGGACAAAAGCCCCCCCGGCCCCGCUUCCAAGCGCGUCCGCACCGCCUACACCAGCGCGCAGCUGGUGGAGCUGGAGAAGGAGUUCCACUUCAAUCGUUACCUCUGCCGCCCGCGCCGGGUGGAGAUGGCCAACCUGCUGAACCUGACCGAGCGCCAGAUCAAGAUCUGGUUCCAGAACCGGAGGAUGAAGUACAAGAAGGACCAGAAAGCCAAAGGGAUUAUGCACUCCCCCGUCGGGCAGUCGCCGGACCGCAGCCCGCCCCUCAGCGGCCCCAACCACGUCGCCUACUCCGGCCAGCUCCCCACGGUCAACAGCCUCAGCUACGACGCCCCCUCGCCCACCUCCUUUGCCAAGUCCCAGCAGAACAUGUACGGCCUGGCGGCCUACACGGCGCCCCUGGGCAGCUGCCUGCCCCAGCAGAAGAGGUACCCGGGGGCCGAGUACGACCACCACCCCAUGCAGAGCAACGGCGCCUUCGCCAACCCCAGCUUGCAGGGCAGCCCCGUCUAUGUCGGGGGGAACUUUGUCGACUCCAUGCCGGCCUCUGGCCCCAUGUUCAACAUCAGCCACCUCUCCCACCCGUCCUCGGCCAGCGUGGACUACAGCUGCGCGGCCCAGAUCCCCGGGAACCACCACCACGGACCCUGCGACCCCCACCCCACCUACACAGAUCUGACUUCUCAUCAUACAUCUCAGGGAAGGAUUCAGGAAGCCCCCAAACUGACGCAUCUGUAGUCGAGCGGAAUGGAUGCAGAGAGAGAGAGAGUGAGAGACAGAG